AUGGAUACCAAUGACAGUGAUGUGAAUGCGUUUGGUGCGACGUCGUCGGUGGACGAUGGAGAUGAUGCAGAAGUGACGAUCACGCCGAAGGAAGCGUUGGAACAACUGAAGAACGCGAUGCUCACGGAGACUCUUUGCCCGGAGAUUCUUCCUCAUCGUGGCGAUUUGGUUGAUUGCAUCACGGAGCUUAUGAAUAUGACCAAAGUCAAUGUGGCGUUGUUGAAAAAGUCGGAGUUUGCGAGGUCCAUCUGCAUGCAGGAACUCUCGAGAACCAGGUUCAUGCUCACCUCGUAUCUGCGAGCAAGACUGGAGAAGAUCGAGCGGUUCUCGCCUGCGUAUUUCUUGGACCCAGUGUCGGAGUCUUCUUUUGCCCAGUUACUCACACAAAACGAGUUCACCUUUGCUCGGAACGUUUGGAACCUGACCAAACAGGAGUUGGAGUCUUCGGCCUUGGCACACAUGCCGGCGAUUGUGUCGAAGCUCAAGAAAACCAUGUUCCCGUCCCCGAACUUGAAUCGCUUCGUGUUCUUCAGGGUCAACGAAGACUGUCCGGACGUGCUGCUGGACCAGGACGCGGAUCAGGCGACGCAGUUGGAGAAGGGCUCGUUGCAUUUGACGCGAUACGCGCCGGUCAGCGCCCUGGUGGCGGCGGGAAAAUUGCAGCUGAUAUAAAUUUCCAUUUAGUCAAUGUAUUUUUUUUUUUUAAUUUUGCAUUCACUUUAUUUUAAUUUUUUUUAAAGGAAGACAGAGAGAGAGAGGUUUGGAAGUUGCUUGUUUGGGAAAUGUGAGGCGCCUAGUUUCAAGUGGAUGAGUCCGGGCAUUGAUGAUGAGUUUCUUUGAGAACAUACUGUUCCU